AACCAGAAGAAGAACACAGGUCCAGCGUUGCAUUCGGUGUCUCAGCCUCAAAGCUCCUACGACGUCUAACUCCCGUCUCUCAGUUUAUACGUCACAUGCGGAAGUGUCAACAUGGAGGACGGCAGAGAAGCUUCCACGAAUUCACUUCUGAAAGACGAGUGCUACGCUGAUUUCCUGGCAGAGGACUUUGAUGUGAAGACAUACACUGCUCAGGCUAUCCAUCAUGCUGUCAUUGCUGAGCAACUGGCCAAGCUGGCACAGGGCAUCAGUCAGUUGGACAAGGAGCUGCACAGCCAGGUUGUGGCUAGACAUGAAGACCUACUGUCUCAAGCGACUGGGAUAGAGUCCCUUGAAGGGGUCCUUCAGAUGAUGCAGACAAGGAUCAGUGCUCUGCAGGCAGCUGUUGACAGGAUCAGGACCAAGAUUGUUGACCCGUACAACAAGAUUGUGGCCAGGAUCACCCAGCUUGCCAGGCUGCAGGUGGCCUGUGACCUGCUGCGGAGGAUCAUUCGUAUCUUGUACCUGAGCAAGAGGCUCCAGGGGCAGUUCCAGGGGGGCAGCAGGGAGAUAACCAAGGCUGCUCAAAGCCUUAACGAACUCGACUAUCUGUCCCAAGGCGUGGAUCUGAGCGGCAUUGAGGUGAUUGAGAAUGACUUGCUGCUGAUUAGCAGGGCCAGGCUGGAGGUGGAGAACCAGGCAAAGAGACUGCUGGAGCAGGGCAUGGAGAUCCAGAAUCCCACCCAGGUCGGCACAGCCCUGCAGGUCUUCUAUAACCUGGGCAGUCUCAGGGAGACUAUCAGCUCUGUAGUGGGAGGUUACAGGACCACCAUACAGGACAACAUCACUAGUGCGCUGGACAUCAAGGGCCUGACACAACCGGCCAACCCCAGAGGUGCACCGGGCAGAGCAGUGCUGCCCACGCCAGGCAACACUGCAGCUUUUCGUGCUGCUCUGUGGACCAACCUGGAGAAACUGAUGGACCAGAUAUGUGCUGCAUGUAGACAGGUGCAACAUCUGCAGAAGGUUCUGAUGAAGAAGAGAGACCCGGUCACUCAUGUGUGCUUCAUCGAUGAGAUCAUCAAGGAUGGUCAGCCUGAUAUCCUCUUUACCUUCUGGAACGAUGUAACCACCACACUAAGUGAGGAGUUUCACAGAGCAACUGAAGCCUCGUCCUUCCUGAAGCAGGCAUUUGAAGGAGAGUACCCUAAACUGUUGCGACUGUACAAUGAGCUGUGGCGCCGCCUGCAGCAGUACAGCACCAGUCUGCAGGGGGCACUAACAAGCAGUGGAGGGAUUGACGCAUCCCUGGACAUCUCAGCUGCAGAGUCAGACAGUCAGGACCUCUUCACACAUGGAAAACAGGACUACAACCCAGAGAAGGCUCUGAAGGACUCUCUGCAGCCGUAUGAGGCAGCCUACCUCUCAAAGUCCCUCUCUCGCCUGUUUGAUCCUAUCAACCUUGUGUUCCCUAUGGGUGGCCGCAACCCGCCCGCCAGUGAUGAGCUGGAUAGCAUCAUCAAGACUAUCAGCAGUGAGCUGAAUGUAGCAUCUGUAGAUCCAGACCUCUCUGUGGCUGUGGCAAAGAAUGCUGCCAAGACCGUCCAACUCUUCUGCGUCAAGUCUGAACAACUGCUGUGUACUCAGGGCGAUGCCAGUCAGGUGAUUGGUCCAUUAACGGAGGGCCAGAGGAGAAACGUUGCUGUGGUGAACUCCCUCUACCGCCUACAGCAGGCUGUCGCCAAGAUCGUCUCAGGAUUGGGGUCGUGUCCAGCAGCUGCUGCAGAGGCCCUCUCUUCUUCUUUGGAGGGGGUGCAGGCCCUGAUGAGCAGCGCAGUGCUGCCUCUCCUGCAGUCAGUGAGUGACUCCAUAGAGGCCAUCAUCAUCACACUACACCAGGAAGACUUCUCGGGGCCUCUGUCCAGCCCUGAUAAGCCAGAUGUUCCGUGCUCCCUGUACAUGAAGGAGCUGCAGGGCUUCAUCUCCAGAGUGAUGGCUGACUACUUCCGACACUUCCAGUGUGUGGACUUCAUCUAUGAGAGCACAGAGUCCAUUGCUCAGAGGGCCAUCGAGCUGUUUGUCCGCCACACCAGUCUGCUGCGUCCGCUAGGGGAGGGUGGCAAGAUGAGGCUGGCUGCUGACUUUGCACAGAUGGAGAUGGCGGUCGCUCCUCUGUGCAGGAGAGUGUCAGAUUUGGGGAAAGCGUACAGAAUGCUGCGCUCCUUCAGGCCUUUGCUGUUUCAGACCAGUGAGCUGAUAGCCAGCAGUCCAGCUGUGGGUGACCUGAUCCCCUACAGCACCCUGCUGCACUUUCUCCUCACCAGAGCCCCAUCUGAGCUCAAGUCACCCCACCAGAGAGCAGAGUGGUCCAUCGCUCGUUACUCCCAGUGGCUUGAUGAUCAUCCCUCUGAGAGAGACAGGCUCACUCUCCUCAGGGGUGCUCUGGAGGCCUACGUGCAGUCGGUGAGGGCUCGACAGGGGAAGGAGUUUGCUCCCAUCUAUCCCAUCAUGCUCCAGCUGUUACAGAGAGCCACCAGCAGCACACAGGAGGUCAGAGCCUGAAGAGGACUAAUGGUAUCUGAGCAGAGUCAGAGGCUUUUGUCUGACAUACGUGAAAUCCCAAGGAUGUUUGUUGGAUCGGGUUUAGCUCUAUGCACACUACAGAAUGCUCCUUUUAAUAUGUAUGACCACAGUAGCUGCAGUAUAGCUAAAAACUUAAAACUGAUCAAAGUUUUACAAUUCUGAAGGAAUCAAGGGACUGUGUUGUGGAGGAAAGCAUGAUGUAUAAGUUCUUUUGACUUGUAUGAGACCAACUGUGGCACUCUUCACUGAACAGAACUGUGGUUGUGUCACUUUACAAGAACUGAACUUGUGUUGUCCCAGAAGUAUCUAAAGACCACAGCUUCUCAUCUCAAGCUUUCUUUUUUUUUUCAUUUUUAGUCCAGGGAGUUGGAUUGAGCUUCUCCAGUCACUGACUCAUGUUAUGGUGUACAACAGUUCAACAAUGACUGAGAAUAAAUGGGGAAAUAUCUUGGA